AUGGGGUUAGGUGUGUUAGAAGACACGGCGCUUGCCCAGGUUCCUGGCACUUCUGAUAUCCUCGAAAGAGAAAGCUCCAACGAGCAGACCAAUGUUGAUUCUAACCUGAAAUACGACCGCUCGAGUGCGAUUCCUAUCCUCCUGGUUCCGCAACCAAGUGAUGAUCCCAAUGAUCCCCUGAACUGGCCAUUAUGGAAGCGUGAUGUUACACUACUAGUCCUUUCCUUCGUCGCAGUUCUUUGUGCAACAACGAGUUCUCUUAUGGCUGCCAAUACCGUGACAAUAUCCCUACACUUUAAAAAGAGUUUCACUUCCGUCGCCCUUCUCACUGGAUAUCACCUUUGUGGUGUGGGAGUUGCUGGGAUAUUGAUCGUGCCGACAGCGCGAGUAUGGGGAAAACGUCAUCUUUUUCUUCUCGGGAAUGUUUUAAUGGUGAUAAGCUGUGGCUGGGCAGGUGGAAGUUCCAACAAUUAUACAAGCUUGGUAUGGGCUCGCAUCUUCCAAGGAGUUGCUCUAGCACCUUUCGAAGCUUUGGUCAAUGCUUGUGUCGGCGAUCUAUACUAUGUUCACGAGCGUGGCAAAAGGAUGGCUCUGUCGAAUGUUGCUCUUUUUGGAGCCGCCUUUCUUACACCGGUUCUGGCUGGUAAAAUUACUCAUUCUCUUGGGUGGGAGUGGACAUUUUACCUUCUGGCAAUCUUUUCGGCCGCAUCGCUGCCUUUGACUUUCUUCUUGGUCCCCGAGACAGCUUUUAGGCGCCCAGAAUAUCUAAACAAUGACUUGAAACAGAUGGUACAUCAAAAAAUCGAAAAUAGGAUGUGCUCACAACAACAAUCCAAUGAAUAUCAUGAAGCCAGCCACAUAUCCGAUGAGAAAAAGCAUCCUUCGCCGCUCACUAAUAGUGAAUCGCAGGCUAGAUCACAAGAGCGAGACACGCAUUUAAACACGAUCGUCCCUGCGAAAGCCUUAUAUAUCCAAACUCUGAAGCCGUUCAAUGGGCGCAAGACGGACGAGAAUUUCUUGAAGCUUCUGCUUAGACCAUUUCCGCUGUUCUUUCACCCGGCAAUUCUUUGGGCUUGCUUAAUCCAAGGUGUAAUCAUCGGCUGGACUGUAUUCAUUGGCGUGGUACUAGCAGCCAUCUUUUUAGGGCCUCCCUUGUGGUUCAAUGAAGUCCAAACGGGAUAUCUGUAUACCGGCGCUUUUAUCGGCUCUAUUGUGGGUUUAAUCCUUUCGGGCAUACUCUCUGACUCCAUGAAUAAGAUCAUGAUCAAGCUUAACAGAGGAAGAUAUGAGCCUGAGUUCCGCAUUCUCCUCGUUAUCUUUCAAUUAGUCUUCAGCGGUGCUGGGCUUUACGGCUUCGGCAUAGUGGCCCAAGAUGUGGGAAAAUAUGGUUGGCUUGUGGUUGAUGUAUUCUUCGCAUUGGUAAUUAUAGGGAUGGUCAUGGGUGCUGUUGCCAGUGCGCUGUAUAUCGUUGAUGCCCACCGUCAAAUUGCGAUAGAAUCGUUCACAUGCAUGCUAAUAUUCAAAAACAUUUUUAGUUUUAUACUAACAUUCUUCGCUUAUGAUUGGUUACUCUCAAAUGGUAUCAAACCGGCAUUCCUGGCUAUAUCUAGUAUACAAAUGGGAAUUUGUGCCUUGAGCAUCCCCAUGUAUAUCCUUGGCAAGAGGAACCGCUCUUUUUUUGCACGUCAUGAUCUCCUUAAGAUUUUGCAUCUAUGGUGA